AUGAUCAGGAUGACAUCAUCCUCCGUCUUCUUCCUCCUGCUCGCUUGCUUCGCAACUUGCGGCAGCGCCGCGACCUUCACCAUAAGAAAUAACUGCGGAUUCACAGUGUGGCCAGCAGGUAUCCCGAACGUCGGCGGCACGCAGCUCAACCCCGGGGGGACGUGGACGGUCAACGUGCCGGCCGGGACCAGCGGCGGCAGGAUCUGGGGCCGCACCGGCUGCUCGUUCAGCGGCGGCCGGGGCCGCUGCGCCACGGGCGACUGCGGGGGCGCCUACUCCUGCUACCUCUCCGGGCAGCCCCCGGCGACGCUGGCGGAGUUUACCAUCGGUGGCGGCAGCAACCAUGACUACUACGACAUCUCGGUGAUCGACGGGUACAACCUGCCCAUGGACUUCUCGUGCAGCACCGGCGCCGCCCUGCGGUGCAGGGACUCCGGCUGCCCCGACGCGUACCACCAGCCCAACGAUCCCAAGACCUUUUCGUGCAACGGCAAUAGCAACUACCAGGUGACCUUCUGCCCCUGA